CAGAAAAUAAAUUUUAUUUUCCUCUUUGUAUGGUUGUAUCAGAUUUCCGGGUUAAAUUUGAAGCGAGGUGGGUUCUAAAACCCUAAACCCCAAAUGGGAACGCUACCCGUUUGUCUGGGGCUCCCUGCUCCAAAGUUUAGGUUAUCUAAUCGCAAUUUGGUCUGUCACUUACUUCAGGUUUCCGCGCACUACGUCUUUAGAGACGAAGCAUAUGGACAUAGAAGUGCGUCAAAGUUGUGUUUGAUUUCUCCUGGUUUGAAGAGAAAAGCAAAGGGGUCAUUAUUGCAUAGCUUAAACCGAGGAGCUAUAGCAUGUGUAUCGAAUUCUAACUCAGAGACCAGCUUGGAGCUUUCAGAGAGAGAAAAUCCCGUUACAUAUCUUUGUAGGUUUAAUGGGGUAGAGCCAUUUCGCGGGAAAUCCGGUUCUGUUUCGUUUUAUGGGUUGACUCAUCAACUGGUGGAAGAAGGGAAGUUGGUUUCAGCUCCAUUUCAGGAAGAUAAGGGUUCAUUGUUAUGGGUUUUGGCACCUGUUGCUUUGAUAUCUUCUUUGGUUUUUCCACAGUUCUUUCUUGGAAGUGCAAUUGAAGCUUGGCUCAAGGAAGAGACUCUUGUAGAAAUGGUGGCUUCAUUGUGCUUUGAGGCAAUGUUUUAUAUUGGCCUAGGGGCAUUUCUUUCUGUUACUGACAGUGUUCAGAGGCCAUAUUUACAAUUCAGUCCAAAGAGAUGGGGCCUCAUAACAGGGCUCAGAGGGUACUUGACAUCUUCUUUCUUCACCACGGGUUUCAAGGUCAUUGCUCCUCUGUUUGCUGUCUAUGUGACUUGGCCGGUGCUUGGCUUGCAAGCGUUGGUUGCAGUGGCUCCUUUUCUAGUUGGCUGUGCAGCUCAACUUGCAUUUGAGGCUCACCUCAACAAGCGCGGAUCGUCUUGUUGGCCUAUAGUUCCUAUUAUUUUUGAGGUAUAUAGACUAUAUCAAUUGACAAGAGCUGCACAGUUUAUGCAGAGGUUGAUGUUUUUGAUGAAAGAUUCUCUGAUAUCUCCAGAAGUAGCAGAGAGAGGUAGUGCGCUUGUUGCUAUGGUCGUGACCUUCCAAGUCCUCUCUGUAGUUUGCCUCUGGUCAUUGAUGACAUUUCUUAUGAGGCUCUUUCCUUCAAGACCUGUUGCUGAGAACUAUUGAUUUUUAUAUGUGGUGCUGUCUAUAAUUUUUUCCCGAUGGCUCUUUCGUCCACAAAGAAUCUCUAAACCAUUAAGUUUAGGUAUUAUGUGAUAUUUUAGCUUCUACGAGAUCGUGUGGGCUUGCUGCAAGUUAAAACAAGAGGGUAGUGUAAGGAGCGUUUUCCUGCCAGAGCUUGGCAUGUAUUGGACAAUUUUGAUCGGUGGGAGUUAUUGAUGAAGGAAUUAUUUGUCUCGGGUUAAA